AUGGCCAGCUCGAUUCUGCGCACCCGUGCGCUGCACGCCUCCCGUCAGGCUCGCUGCUUCAGCACCACCCACCGCCAGUAUGCUGCAGAGGUCAAGCAGCUCGGUGUCAUUGGCGCCGGCCAGAUGGGUCUCGGAAUUGCUCUCGUUGCCGCGCAAAGAGCCAAUGUUCCUGUCAAGCUCAUUGAUGCGUCCGACAAGGCUCUGUCCAAAGGUCUUGCUUUCGCCGACAAGCUUCUCGCAAAGGAUGUCGCCAAGGAGAGAAUCACAAAGGACCAGGCUACCGAAAUUCGCUCCCGUCUGACCGGCUCUACCAAAGUCGAGGACCUCUCCUCCGUCGACUUUGUCAUCGAGGCCGUCCCCGAGAUCCCCCAGCUCAAGUUUGACAUCUUCGCCAACCUCGCCAGGGUUUGCCCUUCCCACGCCAUUCUUGCCACCAACACCUCGUCUAUUUCCAUUACCAAGAUUGCCGCCGCCACCACUACCGAUCCCACCGACACCUCGGCCUCGUCCCGCGUCGUCUCCACCCAUUUCAUGAACCCUGUCCCCAUCCAGAAGGGUGUCGAGAUUAUCAGCGGUCUCCAGACCAGCAAGGAGACUCUUGACACCGCCGUCGAAUUUUGCAAGAAGAUGGGCAAGAUCACCUCCGUCUCUGCUGACACCCCCGGCUUCCUUGCCAACCGCAUCCUGAUGCCGUACAUUAACGAAGCCGUCAUCUGCCUCGAGACCAACGUAGGCGACCGUGACUCCAUCGAUGCCAUCAUGAAGAACGGCACCAACGUCCCCAUGGGCCCUCUUCAGCUCGCCGACUUCAUUGGCCUGGACACUUGCCUUUCCAUUAUGAAGGUCCUCUACAACGAGACUGGCGACUCCAAGUACCGCCCCAGUGUUUUGCUCGGAAAGAUGGUUGACGCUGGCUGGCUCGGCAAGAAGAGCGGCAAGGGCUUCUAUGACUACUAG